GUUGACCGAGCCCGGACAACACGCUGCAGUUUGAUAUGUCUCAUGCAAUCGUUCUUAUUUAUCUAUACUCACGCUACUCGUUUUCAUCUUGUUCACCAUGACUGAAGAACAACCUCAACCAGAACCCAAUCAACAAAAAUUAGCACAGGUAUAAACAAACCUAAAGUCUUGAGCAAAAGAAAGAACACGCUUUUGAUAUCGAUGUAGGUCAUUGAUUUGGAAAGGGAAGCUCAGGAACCAUCAAAAGAGUCUGUGGUUAUUGAAGAUGGACAAGAAAACAGUUCAUCAGCAAGUAAUAAUUAUAAUGAAAUUUGGCAAGUAUCGAACCCCUCUGUUAUGUCCCAUGCUAAUCCAACAUCAGGGCUUCCAUGACACAACAACAAAAUGCUUCUUUGCAAGCCUUACAACAAACAAUGCAAUUAAACGAGUUAAAUACCAGUAACAAUACCAAUCAAUCUGGCGAAAGUGAUGACAGUAGUACAUCUCAGCCUCAACAAAGACAAAAGAAACUACCAAGGCAACCAAAGACAGCAGAGAAUAAAGAAGAAAAACCACCUGUUGGAUCAGAAGAGUGGCAUAAACAACGUCGUGAAAAUCACAAACAAGUGGAGCGUAGAAGACGUGAGACAAUUAAUGAUGGUAUUAACGAAAUUGCACGCAUUGUGCCGGGCUGUGAAAAAAACAAAGGAUCCAUUCUACAGCGUGCAGCUGUUUAUAUUCGACAACUCAAGGAAAAUGAAACGGCGACGAUGGAAAAAUGGACAUUGGAAAAGCUAUUGACAGAUCAAGCCAUGAGUGAAUUGAAUCGACAGGUCGAACUCUUAAAGGUCGAAUUGGACCGUGCCAGAAUGGAAAACAACUACCUUAAGCGUGAACUAGAAAACGCAACUGGUCCUGACUCUAAAAAGCAUAAAAAAGAAUAAAAUCUUAUCCAUGACACAUCAUGACGUUUU